CAGCUCGUAGCGCGUUUGGCGGUGUAUUAUAAAGCGCGCAAAAUCACGAUGACGCUGAGUGGUGCGCGCCUACUGUCGUGCAGCAGCAGAUAUAGCAGCUACUACAGCAACAUCAUCAUCAGUCUAAGGUGACAUAUUUCAACAUGUGCGUAUUAUUGAACUGCUAUUCUAAACGAAUGAUACAAAAGGAAACAACGACGAAUAUAGUUGAUUCAAGAUGUGCGGUCUAAUAAACCGAUAAAACGCUACUAAUCGCUGUUUGUAGACUUUGGCAGAAGCUACGUCAACGAGGACGAAUCCACACGACAACGAGAUGUCGCGCUCGUGGACGCUCAGCGACAUGGUCCGCGAACAAUUGGACGCGGAUCAGUCGAACGAAGCUGCUGCGGCGGCGGCGGCGGCGGCUAGCGUCAAGGACAAUAAUAUAAGCUUAAAGCCAUCAGCUCAGCCGCAGCAGCAGAGCAAUGGCUGCGUCGCGGCAGGUAAACCUCGGCACUACUCCGUGGGCUGCAUCUACGAGGCUCGUAGCGCACCUCCACGGGAUCUCUUGUUCCGCAAGCGUCCCGCGUCCUUCUACAAGUACAAGCGCGGCUUGCGCGCCUUAUCGCUCUGUCCGGACACGGCCGGCAACGACAAGUCCAUCAUCCUGGAGGCCGGUGGACUGGACGGUGCGGUGAGCAGCAACGAGGAGAUCGACGCGGGCACGCCGCCGCCCGUCGACGACUCGCUGUUCUUCGAUCACGAGCUCGAGGCCCUCAAGCACGUGAAGAUCGACGGCACGAAUCUGAAGACGGCCCUGUGGGCCUCGGUCAACGUCGUGGAGAUGCGCAGCCUCGUCGAGCUGGAGAAGGGAAAUCUCAUAGCGCUGCUGACGGCGGAUCAAAGACUGAAGAACAUGAUGUUCCUGUGGUCGUGCUUUCGCGGCCUGGUCCAGCUGCUGGCCAAACUCGAGAAGUGCGGCGCCGAUCGAGACUACGUCGAGCCCUCGACCGGCAUGAACGGCCUCCUCGUGGCGGCCCUGGCCAAUCAGCUCGACUGCCUGAGGUACCUGAUCGAGCGCGGGGCCGACGUGAACUACGCCAAUCCCAGCAUAUUCUACACGGCGCUGCACCUCGCGGCCUUCAACGAUUCCGUGGAGGCGAGCGAGCUGCUGAUCUCGAGCGGCGCCAAGCUCAACGGGGCCGCCUAUCAGCAGGAGAUCGAGCCCGUGCUUCACUCGGCGGUCCGAGCUCGCUCCGAGCGGGUCGUGCGCGUCCUGCUCGAUCGGGGCGCCAGCGUCGCCCAGAAGAAUCACCUGGGCGAGACGGCUCUGCACGUGGCCUGCUACGUUCAGUCGGUCGGCUGCGCCGAGAUGCUGCUCCAGGCGCCGGGCACCGACGCCAACUGCGUCGAUCAGCAGUGCCGCACGCCCCUGCACUACUGCGUGAUGCACGCCAGGUCCUCGGCGGAGCUCGUCGAGCUGCUUCUCAAGUACGGCGCCGCGUGCAACGUCAAGGACCGGCAGGAGCUCACGCCGCUGCACAUCGCCUCGCUGAACGAGCAGUCGCAGUGCGCCGACGCCCUGAUCUGGGCCGGCGCCGACGUGAGCGCCACCACCAAGGCGGGCCUGUCGGCGCUCAACAUCAUUCUGCGCAAGAUCCCCGAGUCGCUGCAGAUCUUCAGGCAGCGGCUGGACGCCUCGAUCCGGCUCAAACGGCCCGUGCCUCACAAUCGCGAGUUCGAGAUGAGGCUGCACUUCGAUCUGCUGUUCCCUUCGAACAAUCAGUGCGAGACCAGCUUCAUCAACACCUUCGUGCAGGAGCACCAGAAGGACCUGCUCUCCCACCCGCUGGUCAUGGCUUUCUUGCACCUCAAGUGGGAGAAGAUACGCAAGUUCUACCUGAUGCGGAUUUUUCUGUACGCGCUCACGGUCAUCAUGAUGACCACCUACGUGUUGACGGCACUGGCCUACAAGUGCUACAACCUCGAGGCCAACAGCUCCAAGAUCUGCAACAACAAGCGCCUGUCGGGCUUUCUGUUUCGCCGUCACGUGAUCGAGAUUGAGUGGUACGCCACCGUGCUCCUCACCUGCGUCACCAUCCCUCGCAAGAUCUUCGGCUUCAUGGUCUACAAGUCGGCCCGCCAGUACUUCACCAACAUCGACAACGUCCUCGACACCAUCGUCGUCGUGAGCGUCUUCGUCACGUCCUUCAUCUACACCGGUCGCACCUACGACUGGCAGAACUACGUGGGGGCCUUCGCCAUCCUCUGCGCCUGGACGAAUCUCAUGCUGAUGGUCGGACAGCUGCCCGCGUUCGGCACCUACGUCGCCAUGUUCACCCACAUACAGUUCGAGUUCGCCAAGCUGCUGCUGGCCUACUCGGGUCUGCUGAUCGGCUUCACCAUCAGCUUCUGCGUCAUCUUCGUGGGGGAGCCGUCGUUCGGCAAUCCGUUCACGGGCUUGAUCAAGGUGCUCGCCAUGAUGGCCGGCGAGCUCGACUUCGAGGGUCUGAUCAAUCAGGACGACAUAAUACACGACGGCUCGUUCGUGCUCUAUCAUCCGUUGUCGGUGUGCUCGCAGAUACUCUUCACCCUGUUCAUCGUCUUCGUCACGGUGAUCCUGAUGAAUCUGCUGGUGGGCAUCGCGGUGCACGACAUCCAGGGACUGCGCAAUCACGCAGGCUUGACCAAGCUCGUACGCCAGACCAAGCUCAUAUUAUUCACCGAGAUGGUGCUGUACAACGGCCGCAUACCGUACACCUUCAAGAAGUGGAUGUGCGACCACAAGAUCGACGUGGAGAACAGCGGCCGACGCAACAUACUCGUGGUCAAGCCGCUGAAUCCUCUCGAGAAGCGACUGCCCAAGGACAUACUCAAGGCGGCCUACGCCAUUGCCCAGCGCAACGCACCCCUCGUCGACGAGGACGACCACGUCAGUCAGCUGAGCGAGCACGCGAGCUGGAUGAAGCAGCAGCAUCAGCACGAGAACAACGGCGCCGGCGGCGAGGACUGCUGCUACUUCAAUUGCGGCGAGCAGCUGCACACGACCGUCGACCAGCUCUGCACGCAGAUCAAGUCGAUGCGCGAGGACGACAUCAAGGCCAUACGCGAACAAGUGCUGGAUACUAACAAGCUGCUCAAGAAUCUCGUGGCCAAGGUUCAGAGGACAAGGUGAAGGAAGGCGCGCGCGCCAGUCGCUCGUGUCACGUGCUGAGCUGCGUCAACUGAGAAAUUUGCCAACUGAAAAUGUUUCUUGGAUGCGCGAUGCCUUUCACUUUCUAUACAAUUGUCCAACUGAUUUUAUUGAAAUUUUAUUUCCUUUUCUUGUCAUUCGACAUUUUUAUCGAUUAAUUUACAUAUGUUUUUCGAUUAGCAUUACAGAUUUUAUAUACGAUAAAAGUUACAAGUGAGAUUGUAAAAUACUUUUUAUGAACAAUUAUGAUUAGGAUAGAAUGGUACAAGCAUUUUUGUAACGUAUAACUUUCAAAAUUUUUAUGAAAAACAGGUUAGACGAUGGGCAGCAACACAUACAUGUAAAAUUCAUAAUGUUUCAAGCAGUCAACAAUAGCAUUAUGAAAUAUAAUACAUUUUUUAAUACCGAACGAUUAUUGUUAUUUACCUUUACUGCACGUAUUUACUUCCUGUAUACUCUGUAGCGUUUAGAUUCGCCGGUUCGAAUCGCUGAUCGAGCAACAGUACGAAGCAAAUUAAUUCCUGCCAGCAUUGCUGCUUCUCACGUAUUUUGUCUGGAGUUUACAUUUGAAUAAAUUUCUACUUCUUUCAAGUAUUGAAAAUUGUCAAAUAUCAAGUCAAGUCAACAUAUCAACAUUUAUUAGAUUAUUAUUUUCGAACGAUUAUCACGAUCCUGUAUGCUAAU